AUGCAAGAGGUGUCCUUGGUAAACCAGGGGAACCCAGGAAGCUGUGAUGUUCCACCCAGAUUUCUUUUUGCAUCCCUCAAAAAGACUUACAGCAAUCAGAAUUAUUUCCCAGUCGGUUCCGCAGUGGAAUAUGAGUGCCGUUUGGGCUACAGAAGGGACCCUACUCAAUCGGGAAGAAUAACUUGCCUUGAGAGUUUAGUAUGGUCCGAACCAGCUGAAUUUUGUCAAAAAAAAUCAUGUCCUAAUCCUGGAGAUUUAGUAAAUGGUCAUAUCAAUAUAACAACUGACAUAUUGUUUGGUUCAACCAUCUACUUCUCAUGUGACAUAGGGUACUUAUUAGUCGGUUCAUCUUCCAGUUACUGUGAAGUUACAGGGAAUACUGUCAGCUGGAGUGAUCGAUUUCCACUGUGUGUAGCAAUUCAGUGUCCAGAGCCACCAAGAAUUGCCAAUGGAACAAUUCUACGGGAAAGUAACACCUAUGUAUAUAAUCAGUUUGUAACAUAUAAAUGUUCUCAAGGCUUCACCCUGGUCGGAGAGCCCAAUAUUUAUUGUAUAGUAAAAGAUGGUGGAGGAGAAUGGACCAGCGCACCUCAGUGCAAAG